AUGGGCCUCAUCACAAAUCCCGGUAAUGAUCAUACGAUAUUGAUGGUCAGAACAGACGCUGAAGGCCUCAAAACUAUGCCAAUUCCCUCAACACAUCAUAAAAUCAGAAAUCGCAGUAAAUUCCCUGAGAAGGUCAAGUUGUCUGUCAUGAUCUUGAUGACCUUUUUCUUCUUUGUGGUUGAGCUUGUUUACGGCCAUAUAUCGGGGUCCAUGGCGCUGAUUGCGGAUUCGUUCCACAUGCUCUCCGAUGUGUUGGCGCUGAUCGUGGCAUUGAGCUGCAUUAUUGUAAGCAUGACGCUGCUUGUACUCCUGACUCUUCCAGAUCUCAACAAGACAAAACGAGACCGGUCCCAGCAACAGUCGCGUUGAGCUUCUUGGAGCCCUAGUUAAUGGAGUUUUCCUCCUGGCUCUUUGCUUCAUGAUCUUUUUGGAGUCCAUUGAGCGUCUUAUUGUCCCGCAUGCCCUCCAUGAACCGAGGAAUGUACUCAUUGUGGGAUUUAUUGGAUUUGUCAUCAAUCUAAUUGGAAUGUGCAUGUUUCAUGGUAGGAUAUCUUGGUCGGAAAUUUGACAGCCGUUUUAAAAUUUUAGGUCAUUCUCAUGGGCACAGUCACGGAGCUGGUGGAGCUCAUGGACAUUCGCAUCAUGAAGUCAAGGCUUGCAAUGGGCAUGAUCAUGAAGAUGUGGAGAAGAAGCCAGGUAAGGAUAUAAAUAAAUGCCAUAGAAUUUGGCUGAUUUAGUAAUUUUUUUAUAAAUACUCGAUUUAGGGGUUUUCGAUGGUGCUGCUUUCAAAUCAGAAAAAAUGAAUAAGAUUUUCGAAAUCAACACCCUCUAUUAUCCUUAUUUCAUUUUGAAAAAAAUAAUACUUUUCGGUUUCUCCAAUCGUACUGUUCCCUAAUCGUCCAACUCCGUUCUUUUGGCAUAAAGACCUGGUUUUGGGCCGUCUAAAAUUGUUCGUUAUAGACAAACUUUGUUAACGGAGUUUGUAGUAUUGAGGUGCCACGGUAGUUGAAAUCUUUUGCAACGAACAGCUACCCAAAUAAAUACCUCACGACCACUAAUUUUUUCUUACUUGAAGCCCUCCCUUUCAAUGUCAGGCGGUGACAGAGUUCCCCUCCAAUCUUUCUUAAAUCAUCAUAAACAAUAAUCGUUUCAGAAUCCGCCACCCAGAUGAACAUCAAAGGAGUCUACCUCCACAUUAUGACCGACUUUAUUGGCUCCAUCAUUGUUAUCCUAACAGCCGCCGUAUCUCUUUAUCUACCUCAAUACCGUUUCCUUCGUUACUACAUGGAUCCGUUCUUGUCGCUGAUCCUGGUGUUCUUGAUCAUCAAUUCAACCUUUCCUUUAGGUAAGUUUUUAUUACAGUGGGGGACCUGAUCCAGUGGCAAAAAACGUGCCAUUUUACAUCCGUGAAACAUCAAAAAUGUGGCAAAACGCUUCCUUUUCAAGUGAAAAAACUUUGUUUUGAAGGGCCCUUUUCCUCAAAAAAGACCGGGCGCGCAUUUGAAAUUUUUCUCACUUGGAGAGGGAUGCAUUUUGCCACAUGUUUGAUCAUGUUUGAUACUUCCCGGAUGCAAAGUGGUACGUUUUUUGCCACUGGAUCAGAUUCCCCACUGUGGAAAUUUUUCUCAAAAUUGUUGUGUUUUAGUGAAGCAGACAAUCUGCAUUCUCCUUCAAGCCGAUGCACAGGACGUUGACAAAUCUGCCGCCGAGAAGAAAAUCACAUCAAUUCCGGAGGUAAAUUCAGUCAGUAAUUUCCAAAUUUGGAAACACAAUGAUGGAAGAACAAUGGCUACAAUUCAUGUUCAGUUUGACACAUUUGAGAGCUAUGUUGAAAGUCUCGGGAACAUCAAACAAAUCCUAAAUGACCAUGGAAUCGACAACGUCACUGUGCAGCCCACCUUCCACAGUGCAAAUGAUGUUCAAAAGACAAUAAAUGUGCAAUAA